CGCGUGUAAUUGGUACGGAACCACCUCGUGCCCUCUCCUGCUUCGAUGUACUCGAGCCCUUUCCGAUUCGGUUCUAGGGUCAAGCUGUCAUUCAACGGCUUUCCUUCCGAUUUUUAUCUGCAAAUUCCGCCGCGUAAUCCACUCAGAUCGAAGCGAUACAGGACGCUGGAUUCGUCAUUCGAGCUGGAUGUGAAGAAUUAAACAAUACACAUCUUUAUGUGCUGAUUUGUUGAAAGUUGAAACACAUGCAUUUGUGUAAUAGAACCGUGUUCUUCUUUUGGGUACAGCUAUAUUUCUAGCGUGAAAGUUGCCAAUUCAACCUUGAACAUAUUAAAAUGGGUCAUUGCUUUUCUAAGAAAUUGAACGAUGGAGAUGGUUCAGAUGAUAAUGUCGAGUUUUCUGGUGGAAAUGUGCACCUCAUUACAACCACAGAAAGUUGGAAUGAAAAGAUUUCAGAAGCAAAAAGGGAGGGCCAGAUUGUAGUUGCAAAUUUCACUGCAUCAUGGUGUGGUCCCUGCAGAAUGAUUGCACCAUUCUACCGUGAGCUAUCUGAGAAAUACACUGCUCUGAUGUUCUUAACAGUUGAUGUUGAUGAACUACCUGAAUUCAGUACUUCGUGGGAUAUUAAAGCCACUCCAACCUUCUUCUUCCUUAGAGAUGGGCAGCAAAUAGACAAGCUCGUGGGGGCCAACAAACCAGAGCUACAGAAGAAGAUGACUGCCAUUGUAGAUUCAUCCACCCUAACCCCAUGUCAAAAAUGACAGCUUUGGUAGUCAGAAUUUCUUUGAUUUAUUGUGAGCUUUUGUUUAUAUGCGUUUGUAUCAUCUUGUAAAUUGUCAAUAAAAACGUGAGUGUAUUCUUUCUCUUCUUGAAAGCCUUAGAAGGGAUAAACCUGAGUGGCCAUUAUUUGCUUGAAGUUUGCGAUUCAGAAAUGUAAAAAAGCUGUUUUUUAUGGAUUGCA